AGAUAUAAGUCAACAUACACUACUGUUUUUGUGGUCUUAUUUAACAAAUUUUAUAAUUUCUUUUAAUGUUAAAUUCUAAUCAUACUGAUGGUAUUUAUUGUAUAGAAUACUUGACAAACAUUUGUUAUUAUAUGAUAAACAUCACAGAAUACAUGAUGUUCACAUACAUAUGUAUAUGUUACUAACUAUAUUUAAUUUAGUAUGUUGUGUCGUAUUUUCUUUUCUUCUCUUUUGUAUUACUCUACAUAGGUCAAACAAGUAAUUCAAACAAAAUACAACUAUCUCUGAUUACUAACAACUACUUUGAUAAAUGGAAUGUUCUUUUAAACUACGGAUCUUUUACAAAAGAAUUUAGACAAUUUUUAUUGGAUACACAUUGUUAAUGUUUGAUAUAUUGUAUUACUGUUGAUGAUAUUCCUUGCGGAAUAAUUUAUCAGUGAAUCAGAUUCAAUAUUUCAAAAAAGAUGCUGAAAAAUACAAAUCACUUGUCCAGUACCCCGUCUACUCAUCCAAAUGACCGUGAAAAACUGUUUGAUUUUGGAUUGCCGCCCAGUGCAAGAAAAGCUUAUGGGAAUCUCACUGAACAAUCUACUAGGAAAGCCUAUAGUAAUAUUAAUCUCAGUGAUACAUUGACUGACACAGAUGAGGAUUAUUCACAAAAAGACCGCCGAUAUUCAUACUAUGAUCAUUCUAGCACCAAACAGAAUGCAAAAAUAGUGAGAGCAGGUUCAUUCAAUUGCACUGAUUCUUUUAGCUAUGAAAAUGGUUCAAGUGACUGGAAUUCAAGUAAUUAUCGUCACUUUCCACGAUUCAAACCUUCUGAUGAGAAAAUUGAAAAUGAUACACAAUUUGGUAAACAAUCUGAAUCACCAUCUAUAAAUAGAAAUAUUAGUCCUGUGGCAAUUGCUUCAUCUACACCAAAAAUAAAUCAUAAAACACCGACAGUUAUGAAUAUAACAAAUUCAUCUGUCGUUACAGGGAAUUCUUUUGAAGUUUCUGCCGAUGGAAUGAAUAAUAGUAGUAUUACUCAGAAUAAUCCAUUUUCACCAAGGAAUGCAACUCCUACUGCAGAAACUAGUGCAAUUGAUGAUUCACCCAGUAUGACGAGAAGUAGUGUAAUAUCUCCUAGUAAGUUUAGAACUUUUCAGACGUCAGCAAACGAAGAUAAGGUUAAUAAUCAAUAUAAAAUGAAACAAGAUAAAUAUUUAAAGUCAUCUAAUAUUGUUAUUGUUCAUGCAGAAGAUGUGACUAAUAAUUACAAAGAGAUUUAUCCACGGUUUACUGAAAGUUUAAUGCAUUCAUAUAAAAAUCAAAGCAUGGCAAAUUCACCAAAAGUGAGUAAUAGACAGCAUAUACAGUUAGUUUAUGCUAAACCAUCGAAAUUGAGAAGAGAUGUUAUGGCACAUAAUGACCGUGAAGAAAUAUCACCAGUAAAAAUGAGCAUUGCACCUGUAACUUUAUCAGCGCCUACAGAACCAUAUAUGUUUGAUGACUAUUUUAUAAUUAGAAAACCUGAUCUAAGUGAUAUACCUGAACAAAAGCUUGCAACUUUAUCUAAUCAAUUUGGUGAACUUAAUGAUUCUGUGGAACGUGUUAUUAUUCGUAUAUUCGAUUCAGCUGUAGUUCCAGGUGGUGCACUACGUGGUGUUGUUUAUAUAUGUCUUAAAGAACCAAUUAAAUUGAAUACUUUAUUUAUUACCACAGAAAUGGUUACGAAAACAAUAUCUUCAGAUGAGAAACAAGAUAUGGAGAAACGAAUACCUAUAUCAUAUACUGUUUUGUCAGAUGACCCAUCAGUUGGUAAAAGAAUGCCAAUACGUAAAUUUACUUGUCAAGAACCAGAAUUUAUGCAGUCACCAGUAAAAGAAGUUGAUCUUAGUGAUCCAUGUUUCUCACCAUAUAUUGGACCUGUCCAACUUGCUCCAGGUGAUCAUGCAAUUCCUUUUGCGUUUCCUCUUGAAAGUGAUGCACAUCCGUCAAUAUUACUGAAGGGUAAAGUUGGUUUUACGCAUGAAGUAGAAAUUAUACAUAGAUAUUAUAUCUAUGGAACCAUCAGAUUGAGUCGACCAAAUGAAAAUAAUUCAGUAACAAUCAGUACAGAUAAUUUAAAUGUCAAAGUUCUUAGUUGUGGUCCACCAAAUUAUACACUUCCUAAUGGUGGACGAAUACCAGCUAUCAUGAAAACAUUUACAAUGGAAAAUAGACAAAUGUUAAUACAGAUUGAAAAUAUAAUCUUUCAAGAGGCCGAUGAUAUUAAUAUUUAUAUAUUUACGGAUGAACCAGUUGGUAUACGUUAUGCUGAAGCUUAUUUACUUCGUAUAUUUCAUAUACCUGGAUUAAAAGUUUCUGAUACAAAAGCAUUAUAUAAAUUGAAAAAGUAUCCUCCUAAUGUUUUUAUUGAUGGCCGUACAGAAAAAACUACUUUUACUGAAAAUCUACCUUUACCAUUCUCUGAAGCAGCUGAAAUUGAGAGUGGACGAUUAUUUUCUAAUUCACAACAUUUACCAAGUCAUUAUCGUGAUUUUCGUGUAUCAUGUGAAUCUUUAAACUCAACAGAACAAUCACAAAGAACAUUACAUUGUGAUUCAUAUAAAGAUUUACCUAGAGAUGCCCGUAAAGCCGGUUGUCAUUUAACAUUAAACGUUCCAAUCAAUUCAGUUCCACAAAGCUGCUUAGAAUCACUGAAGAUAACUUAUUAUAUUAGGGUACUUAUACAUGGUAAACGUAAAGUAAUGGCUUAUAGUUUACCAAUAUCAGUAGUUGAACAACGUACUAAAGAUUAUAAAAUGCGUUAUUUGGGUGAAGGCAAUCAUAUAUACGAUCCAGAAUAUUUAAAAUUAAAACGUGACAGUAAAUGUUCCGUUUCAUAAAAUUUGGAUACAAAUAAAUCAACUGAUAUAAUACAAUGAAAUUUAAAAUUAGUAAAUUUAUCAAUCAUUAGUUAUAACUUAUCUAGGAGAAAAACGGAGUGAAAGAGAAAAAAAGACACAUUAAUGUUAGAUUCUUUUUGUUUGUUUGUUUGUUUUUGUUAUUGUCUUGAAUUCGUGUUGUUGUUGUUGUUGUUGCUGUUGUCGUCGUCGUCGUCGUUUUGUUUGUUUGUUUUUCAUCUACGUUGUUACAUUGUCCAUUAUGUUUUGUUAUGAUACAUAGUUGUGGAUUCUUUUUAAAUUGACUUAUUUAUUUUAUUUGGUUAGUUUUGAUCUCUUUUCAUCUGCUUAAUUAACUAAGUUGAGUUGCUAUUAAUAAUUACCAUCAUUGUAUUCUAUAUCUUUGAUUUUAUCGAUUUUCUGAUAAAAAAAAUAUAUUACAAAAGAGUGAUACAUGUUCCAUCCAUUAAAGUUACUCAUCAGUCAAUUUAUUUAAUCAAUAAUUGAUUAAUAAAUAAAUAAACAAAUAAAUACUGUGGUAAACAUUUACAUGAAUUAAAUUCCUUCGAAUAGAAAAUGUCUUGUUUCUUCUAGUUAAUCGAUAUGUGUUUAUAUAC